AAUAAAUUGUGGUACCAGAGUACACUGUUCACUGUUUCAGUGCAGCAUUCUCAAUAUGAGCCAUCACAAAAGAGCAGCAUCGGGCACACAGAAUGUCCUCAGCAUGCUCAGCAGUCAUAUAAAGGUCAAGGAAAGACCAUGCAGUGCAGAUGUUUCUGUACCCGGUUGCAGCUCAAUGUGCAGUUUUCAGAAAGUGAAACGCCUAAAAACCAUCAAAGAGAGAAAUCAGAUCCGAGGGCAGAGCAGCUACAGAUCUAACCACAUCCAUCAACACAGUAAAAGAGCAUGCAAAGAGAAAUGUUACAAGGGUCAUGAGUGCCAGUGCAGUCAUUCAUUUACUUCCAAAAAAGAGAAGCCACUUGCUAAGCCGUUUUGCCCACAGAAGCCAAGUAUAAUCACCGAAGGCCGUCUAACAUCUAUCAGAGGCCUGUUUAGCCACGAGGUGAGGUCUGUGGACAUUGAGAGACUGGUUAAGGAAAAGGAAAGGCAAAAAGGGCUGGUCACAGCAGGAGAAUCACCCUGUCAGUCACCUCCAGCACUGUUGUGUGAAAAAGCUGAUAGUGACAUUUGUACAUCUGUACAGGAAAACCAAGUGCUAAAAACGGCACGGCAAACAGAUCAUUCUCAGACUAAUUUAGAAGGCUCAGACAAAAAAAAUGGAAAGCACCACUCUGCACAAGCCCACAAACCUAUAGAUAAACCAAUCGAAUCUGAAAGUCCACCACGUCAAAAACAGUCUGAAACUAUAGUUUUGACCUCAUCAGAAAGUGAAACUAUUCACAAAUCCUCCUCAAGAUCUUCUCAAGCUCCUCAAACCAACCAGAAUGACCAUGCCAGUCCUAAAAUGCAAAAUCCACACAGAUUACACGGCCAUGGACAAACCAGACAGACAACCACUGCCACAGAAAUGCUGCAUAGUAGCGUACAGGAUGUUCUGCAGUCUGAUUCAACUUCUGCAAAAGGCAACCAAAGAGCUGCAGUGACAGAUGAAAGCCAGCACAGAAAGGCUGAACCUUUACCCGACAUGGAGGCAGUAGGUAGGGUGGCAGCUCGUCUGUGCCACAGUCUACGUUCAUUUCCAAAACGACGGCACCGCCCACUGCUGACCGAGUGCAAAGAGAUUCUGUUUCAGUGCCUGCAGGAGAGACAUGGUUCUCAGCUUGAACACAAUCUGCGAAAAUUACGUUCCCACGUCAGUCCAGAGGAGCACCGUUUACCUCUGAGCACAAAACAAGCCUGGCCAAGCUCAGCUCAAAGCUCUGAAGACACAUGCACGUAUUUUAAUUACAAAACAGGAUAUGAUGUUGACCACAGUGGGAAUGUAGAGUUUCAGACAGGUAAAGGCUCACAGAAAAAUCCUGAGGGAGAGGAUUUUUAUCAGAACACAGAAAGAAAGGCACACUGCAGGAAGCGGAGAACACAUUUUUGGGGGACGUAUACACCACAGGAUUUUCUCCAAAAACUUAGUCAACAACAACCUAGUCCAGAUAUAUUGAGAAAGCGGAAUAUGUGCAGUGGAACAGUGCAGCAGUCUCUGGAGUUCUCUAAAGCAAAGCAGCACCCCAUCUCCCCAAGCGUCUCUCAGCACCCAGCCUUUCCCAGGCCUCAGAUUCCCAAACCACCUUCUUCUAACUGGCCAGACUUCACCUCAGACUCCCUUUUUCUACAGCAACAGAAGCAACUGGAUGGCGGUGAACCCAAAGCGAGACACAUCAAUUCACUGCUUGAACAGUACAGAAACGAUCCAGAUUUGAGUUUUCUUUGGUCAAACACUAGGAGAAGUCCUACAGCAAGUCCUUUAAAGGAGGUAAGGGAUUGGUCUCCUCGUCAGCAGUUUAAGAGUGCGAGUGAGAGACCACUCGGUGCUUCGUCAUCUGCUUCAGUAUUCUUUUCUUCUGAAGGGUUUCGGUAUGAGCCUUUCUAUCGCUUUCCUCAUCCAACCAUCUCCUUUAACAGCUCGGAAAGGUCUGAUAGGAGUCAUUACACUCAGUCCGAUUUCGAACUGAGGGCACUGUCUUCGACGGACCUGAACAGUCCUUAUAUCCCAUAUUGGCCAUGAGAUUAGACAUUCAAGACUGAUCCCACUCAGUGUAAUGCUCAAUGCACAAACUAUCAAAGGGCCUUUUAUACCAGUACAAAUAAUACAGUAGGAGUGAGUCAAAAGUUUACAUACAGUUGUAAUGGAGCUGUAGGCUGUAGUAGUUUACCGACUUCAUUAAUUUCUACAUUUUUUUUCUCUCACUUAAAGAUUCUAACAUCCUUAUUUGUCCAAUAAACUCUGA